UUAAUAAAUUUAAAAAUGACAUUAGAAAGUUGUAACAGUCCAUACGACCUUAAUGGACAAAAUUUUGAUGCUGAAAUAUAUUUACAGAAAUUAUUUAAGGAUUAUAACCUUAAACAGAUUAUGGAUCAUGAAGUAGAAAUCAUUCAUGAUACACAAACUUUACACUCUGAUAUGCAAACUCUUGUAUAUGAGAACUACAAUAAAUUUAUAUCAGCUACAGAUACAGUUCGUAAGAUGAAAUAUGAUUUCAAUCAAAUGGAAGAAUCAAUGGAUAUGCUGGCAAAAAAUAUGGAUAGCAUUACUUCUUUUUCUGAACAAAUAUCUUCAACGUUACAAAGUAGUCGUCAUCAAAUAACCAGAUUAUCAUCAGUUCAUAGUCUUUUAAAAAAACUGCAAUUUUUAUUCAAGCUACCAAAUAAAUUAAAAGAUAGAAUAAAAGAUGAAAAUUAUAGUCAGGCUGUUCAAGAUUAUAUUCAUGCACAAAGAGUAUUAAACCAAUAUGGUAAUAUGCCUUCCUUUCAAGGAAUACAAAAAGACUGUGAAGAAAUUGUUGAUGAAUUAAAAGAUAAACUACGCACUCAAUUUCAUAAAAGAGAAGCCUCAACUAAAUUAUUAGCAGAAAGUAUUGAUUUGCUGCUUCAAUUAAAAGAACCAACUGAUGUAUUAUGUGCUGACUUUCUAAUUCAUGCUGAUAUACGAUUGUCAGAACUACUUGAAAAUUUGAAAGAUAUGUGUGAAAAUGAUAUUAUUGAAUUUGUUGAUAUGGGUAGUUCUGGUUUUUUAAGUGAUUUAUGUUUAAUUGUUGCAUCUUAUAAUGACAUGUUUGUAAAUAGACCACCUUUGGAUACAAAUGAAUUCAGUGAUGAUUUUGAUACAAAAGCUGUUUCUCGUUUAAAUACAUUUAUUAUGAAUAAUAUGAAAAAAUAUUUUGAUCUUGUAAAAAAAAGAGUUGAAAAUGUAGCUGAUACUGUGAUUUUAGUCCGAGCAUUAGAUCGAUUUUAUAGAAGACUUCAGGCUAUGAAUGUACUUUCUGAAGAUACAGAUUUUUCUAGAACUGGAACAGAAAUUGUUAUAACUGCAGGUAGAAAGCAAUGUCGAAAUCAUCUCUCUGCUUUAAAACAAUACUUAAGUGAAACUCUUGCUAAGGUAAGACAAACUUUAGCAUCAAAAGUAUCUUCGAAUGGUGAUGGUGGUUUGGCAGAACUUCAAGCUCUACUUGUAAUGCCCACCAUUGAGAAAAUAAAAGGAAUUUUACAAGAUUUAUUGGUUUUUUUACAACCAGAGUUGUCGUUUGGACUUAAACCACAGUUUUUACAACGUUUUUGUAUUGAUGAAGUACGAGAAGGUUUAGUAAUCGGUUUUCUCCAUCAUUUAACCGCUAUUGCAAAUGGAUUUUGUACUGGAUUAGAUGCUCCUAAAUUUCCACCAACAUUACUCUUACUCUUAAGUAAAAUGUGCCUUGAAUUUAAAGACAGUAAUGUUCACUAUCUUCUCAGCUCAACAGAUAACUUAUUUAACGUAGACGAAUAUGCAUCUUCUAAAAGUGAUGUAACUUCUGAAAUGGAGAUCUGCGAUAAUUUUCAAAAAGCUGCUCAAGAACUUUUAAAUCACUUUGUUCGGUUACAAGGACUGACAGUAUCACAGAUGCUAAGAAAAUCUAUAGAAACUCGUGAUUGGCUUCACACAAUAGAACCAAGAACUGUUAGAGCAGUAAUGAAACGCGUUGUCGAGGAUAUAACUGCAAUUGAAUUACAAGUCACUGCACUCUAUGAUGACAUCGAUGGACAAAUGGACAGAAGUAGUGAUAGUAGUAGAAAAACUCAUAGUGUUUCAAGGCAUCAGUAUCGAUCAAAUUGGUCUUCCUUUACACCAAGCCAUUUAGACUCUUCAUUUGUAUCCAGCAUACACAAACUUUUUUCCGAACGAAUUGAAAUUUUUUCAUCAGUACAAUUUAAUAAAAUGUCAAUUUUGACUGGAAUUAUCAAAAUCAGCCUCAAGACUUAUCUAGAAUGUGUCAGACUGCGAACGUUCAGUAAAUUCGGACUUCAACAAAUACAAGUAGAUACACAUUAUCUUCAAUUAUAUCUUUGGCGAUUCGUUAGCGAUGAAAAUUUGGUGCAUUUUCUGUUGGAUGAAAUUCUAAGCAGUGCAGUACACAGAUGCCUAGAACCAAUUCUCAUGGAGCCCAGCGUCGUUGAUAUUAUCUGCGAAAGAAAUUAAUUAACAAAUCACACCAAAUAUCGUUACCACUACUACUGUAGUGUCAUUAAUUUGAAUUAUAAUUUGAAUAAAUAUUUCCAUUCAGUAAGUGCAUGCAUACAACCAAAACAUAUAAAGCCUACUGUAAAUAUUAGUUUAUCAAAUGAAAAAUGAAAUUGAAUUUUAG